CGUCCCGCCGCGUCUCUGCGCGGGGGGCGAGCAGGCCCGCGAGUCCCUGGGCCGCCCGGGCUGCGGCGCCAGGAGCGCUGCCGGCGCCAGCAGGGCGGUGCCGCGGCGGGAGUCGCCGCAGCGGCCGGUUGCGGUCGCGCCGCGGGGGCCGGGGUGCGCGGCGCUCCGGGGCCGCCGCCGGGUCGCGGCCUCGUGAAGGCGCUGGGAAGGCGGAGGGCUUCAGCGUGCGGCGCCUGCUCGGGAGCCUGUCGCUGGCUUCCCUGCGCUUGCGCCAGAGGCUUGCCAGGCUCAGGAUGUUGUUUCCAUCCCGCAAGUAGCAUAAUCGGGUGGCAGUCGGCUGUAAUUUUGGGGUACUGGUGUUAACCCCUUACUGGUAAAUUAGAAGUGUUUAUUAAUUGUACAACAGGUUUUUUUUUUUUCUUUUGAAUCUUCAUCAGCAUACACUCCCAGUCUGGGAGUUUACUUUUAGAUUUAAAGCAUGUGUAACUCCUGAAAGAGUGGUUUCAGUGCGAAAGACAAAAAGCUGGGGGGGGGGGGGGGAGAGACCUUUUAACUAUUGUCCUGCAGCUCUUAUUUUGCUUGAACUGUUUCUUUUCAAAGAACACAAAAACCAAUUGUUACAAUUGCUUAUGAUUGUGUUUACAAUUGGAUGUGCGAUAGAUUAUAAAAGAAAAACCUAUGCAUGUGCAGAAAAUUAUAUGGUUUGCUUUUGUGCUAGGCCUAAUACACAACCGAGUAUUAUGAAAGUAUGCUAUACGCUACCUUCUUCAAAUUGAGAAUAGAAAUGGCCAACUUAAUCUAUGUUAGAGCAAUAUUUUACCACCAGUGGAAUAAUAUUGCCCCCAGUUUAACCUUCAACCAAUAAACGUCAGAUACUGGAUCAUGUAAAAGUGGAAGAACCACUGGAACUGCAAAGAGUCUUUCUGCAAAAAAAAAAAGAUCUAUCAAGAGAUUAGAGAUGGACAGUCUAGAUUAAGAUGGUGUGGAUGCUGUUACUGACAUUAAGGCACACCAAGCAUUUGAAAUAAAAUGUGUUGGCAAGUACCUUAGUGUUUUUCUUCUGAAUAGAAUUGAGCAAUUGGAAGAUAUACCAUACCAAAAAGUAACCUUCUGGAGAACCAGUUGGAGAACUAAACAAAACUUCACUCCUCUGUCUGCUUUUAAAAGAUGCGGGAGUGUAAACUGCAAAGACAAAGAAAUUUGCAUCCACAUUUAGAUAAAUUCAGAAAGUUCUGUGGUGGGAAAAAAUCUUACUUCGCUGCUGCUGUGUGCAUUAUUACUCUAACCUCAAUGGUCACAAUUUCUUAUCUUAGGUUACAGAGACUUUCUCUCCUGCCAAAAAUAAUUCAAGAAGGUAGCAAAUGUCGAGGGGAAAUUGCCAAUAACACAAUAACAGCAUUAAGGGGUAACAAAACUUUUAUCAUUGCCCCAUACUUUGAUGACAGAGAAAGCAAAGUCACCCGUGUGAUUGGGAUUGUUCACCAUGAAGAUGUAAAAGAACUUUACUGCUGGUUCUGCUGUCAGCCUCAUGGGAAGAUAUAUGUAUCAAAAUCAAAAAUUGAUGUUCAUUCCGAUAGAUUUGGAUUCCCUUACGGUGCAGCAGACAUAGUUUGUCUGGAACCCCAAAACUGCGAUCCAACACAUGUGUCGAUCCAUUGGUCCCCACAUGGAAAUAUUGACCAGCUGCCAAGUUUUGAAAUUAGAAACCGCAAGGCCGAGACCUUUUCUGUUGACUUCACUGUCUGCAUCUCUGCCAUGUUCGGAAAUUACAACAAUGUCUUGCAGUUUAUACAGAGUAUGGAGAUGUAUAAGAUUCUUGGGGUACAGAAAGUGGUGAUCUAUAAGAACAGCUGCAGCCAGCUGAUGGAGAAAGUUUUGAAGUUUUAUAUGGAAGAAGGAACCGUAGAGAUAAUUCCCUGGCCAAUACAUUCACACCUCAAGGUUUCUUCUAAAUGGCAUUUCACGCAAGAUGGAACACACAUUGGCUACUAUGGACAAAUCACAGCUUUGAAUGACUGUGUAUAUCGUAACAUGCAGAGGAGCAAGUUUGUAGUUCUUAAUGAUGCUGAUGAAAUAAUUCUUCCCCUUAAGCACCCAGACUGGAAAACAAUGAUGAGCAGUCUUCAAGAACAAAACCCAGGGACUGGCAUUUUCCUCUUUGAGAAUCAUAUCUUCCCUGAAACCAUAUCCACCCACACGUUCAACAUUUCGUCCUGGAAUAUCGUGCCAGGUGUUAACAUACUGCAGCACGUUCACAGAGAGCCAGACAGGAAAGAGGUAAUCAAUCCCAAAAAAAUGAUAAUCGAUCCGAGAAAGGUGGUUCAGACUUCAGUCCACUCCGUCCUACGUGCUUAUGGGAACAGUGUGAGUGUUCCCGUGGAUGUUGCCCUUGUUUAUCAUUGUCGAGUGCCCCUCCAAGGAAACCUUCCCCGAGAGUCCCUCAUCAGGGAUACAACGCUGUGGAGAUAUAACUCGUCAUUAAUCAUGAAUGUUAACAAAGUGCUAUAUGAAACAGUACCGCAAGCUCAAAAGUGAAACCUUGGUUGUAAGGAAGGAAAGUGGAGAGCGUGUCCAUGGCGGGGGCAGAGGGUAUCACUUAAAGCUCACAUUGGAAAUAUUUCCAGACAAAGAUUGUUGUAAAGCUUUGGGGGAAACAUUCCUUUUAUGCACUGUAUGAGGGUAAAUCUAUUUUAUCUGUGACCUGAAAUAUGGUACCUUGUAAUAAUCCAGAGUGAUCAAGCUCUAGUACAGAACUGAGUUCCUCAGAUAAAGUCUCUCCUGCAGCUUUCUGAAUGUGAGAGCAGAGGCACAAUGAUAAUUUCUCUUUUAACUGCCUGUAAGUAUGAAAGGGCAUCAUUCAAGGCAUAGGAACUGACCCUGCUGGAAUAAGAUUUUCCUGCUUUCUCUUUUUCCUUUCCCACUCUCACAGAUGUUGUGCCUAGUACAACAUCCUGUAAACUGCCUGAAGAAGCAAUGAAUGAGUUUUUGGUUAUCUGUAUCUCUAAACUACUGUGUGGAAAAAAAAAUAGAGCUGCAUUUAGUGGCUGCUGAAAAAUACAGCUGUGUUUAGUGGUGUCUCUUAGACAUGGCUUGGAACAGCAUCUUCCAGAUGGAGACCCACAUUGGCAUUUACACUGGAACUCAUUAGAAUGACAGCUGGAGAAUAGAAAAAUACACCAACUGCAGCACUAGGUCUAUCAUGUAUUGGAGGUACCUCUUUUUAAGGGAAACAGGAAUUUGUAGCAGAGCUGUGUCAUUUAAUGUCAAAUACAAAAGAUUGAUGUAGAUGGUAUUACCUCUUCUGGCAAGUAUAACAUGAGUUCGUUUUCAAUAAACAAUUAUCAGUA